GUUAUAGAGGAUGGAUGAAAGUAGUGCUAGUGGAGGUGGAAGGGGAAAAAACAAACGAUUUUGGACUGCCCAAGAAGAUAAGGCUCUUGUGGAAGCCUUGUCAGAGUUAGCUGUUGAUCCUCACUGGAGGUGUGAAAAUGGAUUUAGAAGCGGCUACAUGGUUCGCUUAGAGGAGCUCAUAGGUAAGGCUCUUCCUGGUUGUGGUUUGAAGGCUCUGCCACACAUUGAUUCUCGACUUAAGACACUUGUAGCCAAGUUUAGGGCUAUUUCUCAAAUGUUAAAUACAAGUGGAUUCGUCUGGGAUGAUGAAAAAAAAAUGAUUUCUGUAGAUCGGGCUGUUUAUGACGAGUAUUGCAAGAAUCAUCCGAAUUGCAAAAACCUGUUUGGAGUUUCAUUUCCGCACUUUCAUGAACUAAUGAAUGUUUACGGCAAGGAUUACGCUACCGGAAAACCAGCUGAAGAUUAUGUUGAAGCAAUACAGAAUUUGCAAAACGUUGCCCCUCCACAAGUUACACUUGAUUCAAGUGAUGAUGAGGGAAUUGAUGCUAGUGGUAAUGCCACUCAAACUGUUACUUCUCCUCCUGCUAAAAAAAUGAAAACUGAAAAAACUUCUAAUAAAAGAAGUAAGAGAGGAAAUGCUGGUGAAGGUAGUUCUAAUGAGUUGGCUAGCUUACAAGCAUUCAUGAAAGACAUGAAUGUUCAUCUUUCAACUAUGGCAAAUGUGAUGGCCCGCACUGAUGAUCGUGAGCAAAAAGUAGUUGAACAGACUGAGAAAGUGUUAGAGGAACUACUAUCUUUUAAUUUAGAAGGUGUAACUCCUAACCAAGUUUUUGAAGUGGCUAACAUUCUAACCUCACAACCAAACAAGCUCCUCAUAUUUUCAAAGUGUCCCGACGCUUUGAAAAGUGAUGAUGUUAAGAGUCUUCUUGGAGGAAAUAGUAAUGCUUAGAUCUAAUGUUGUGGUUCCAUGAAUGAUUUUGAAAAGGACUAGAACACUUUUCGUAUGUAUUUUGAUCUACAAACAAGUCAUUAUAUGUAAUUAAUCGAGCUACGUUGUUAUUAUUUAGAGUUAUGUUUUUUCAAAAAA